AGAAUCCAAUCCCUGGAAAUUCAUUGCAGAAUAUGAAGUAACAAGUCCUGAGUGUACAAAAGCUGCAGUCAUUGAUUUUCCACCACAAUCAUCAGCUAUGUUCUCCAAUACUCAUUCUGUUCUGCUGGUUCUACUGGUGAUCACCUACUUUCAUUCCCACACAGCAGGCAACGAUGAAUUCGUGACUCAUUUUUGUUUAAACAUGGAUACACCUGAACACAUGGAUUCCUCAACAGUGCAAGGUAGAAAAAACUCUACACACUUCUCUUAUUUAGCUACGAAGAGUCCAGUUCCACAGGAUUACACAGAAGAACAACUACACACAGUAACAUCACAUGGAAUUUCAGCUACAACUCAUCCAGCUCAACAGGAUUACAAAAAAAAUCCAAAUACUCCAGAUAUGUGCUGUUUUAAAUUCGAGAAGAAUGAAAGCCAUGUAACACUCAUUACGGUGUAUAAAGAAACUGCGACUGAAUGUCCAAACCCUGGAGUCAUUUUUACCCUACAGGACAGUGAUUCUGUGUGUGCAGACCCCCGUGAUGAAUGGGUGAAGAACAAAAUGAAAAAACUUGACCAGCGCCCGAUCGGAAGCUCAACUCAACCUCAACCAAAUGAUGGAAAUGUAAAGGGACCAAAUAAAUGCUGUUUCAAAUACCAGACAAGUCAAAUCCAUGUAAGAUUCAUUAAAGCGUAUCAAGAAACAGAGCGUCAGUGCACAAAACCUGGAGUCAUCUUUACCCUAAAGGACGGCCGUCAGGUGUGUGCAGACCCCAACGUCGAGUGGGUGAAGAACAUCAUGAAAAAAUUGACCAGCGUCUGAUUUAAUAAGUCAACUGAGUGUUUAAAUCCUCUCUCCUUUGCUAAGAUUUUUUUUUGCAUGUUUAAUUUAUUUGGACAGAUAGAAUAAAGCUUUUUACUGUAAAUCAUAUUUAAACAAGCUUUUGUUUAAAUUAGUCUGGCAUUAUUUAACUGAAUUAAGUUGUAGACAUUUUAAAUUGCACAUUAUGUCUAUGUUUCUGUUUUUUAAUCAGAUUUUCAUAUUUUAAAAGAAAACAAUGUUAGAUGCAUUCAAAUACAAUAAAAUGUUUCUCUUCAAAUCUUUCAACAUUUUUUUCUUCCAUGUAUGGGUUCCUGUUUUGCUGCAAAAUUUGUGUUUGAUGUGUUGAU